CUCACUAAACAAUAAGCAGCAUGAGGCCAACCUACCGCCUUUAUCACUAUAUAUUUACAACAGCGCGCGCCUGCUCACGUUCAGCUGCGCCCAUCUAGAGGAUAGAGCGAACAGAAACAAUACCGUUCCCAGCCAAACAACUGGAUAUUUCACAACGGUAGCCAUAAUUAAUCCACUCUGGAUGUACAGAAGCCACUCUGUCUCUGUAUGGAAAAAUCGCUUACUUGUGAAAACAUUGGUGCUUCUGUAGUGGAACGUAGACUACUUUUGGGGACAGUAUGUUCAACUUGAUGAAAAAAGACAAGGAGAAGGAUGGCGUCAGGAAGGAGAAAAAAGACAAGAGAGACCGGAGGGAACGGAUGUCAGCAGCUGAGCUCCGAAGCCUGGAUGAAAUGAGCAUGAGACGGGGUUUCUUCAACCUCAAUCGGAGCUCCAAACGGGACUCCAAGAACAAGUUGGAGAUCUCAAACCCGAUACCUAUUAAAGUCGCCAGCAGCACUGAGCUCAACCUGACCGACAUAGAGUCGGAUGGCCUUAGUAACCGCAGCAGCAUGGUCCUGGAUGCAGAUCAGCUCAGCGCGGCCAGUUCCAGCGAUGAUCUGAAGGCCGAUUACGGCCAAGAUGGCCACCGGAGCUCUGUCAAGGAGCGGGCGGCUAGGUUCGGCUCUCUCGCCAUGCAGAACUCGCAAAUGGGUUCCAUCAUGAAGCGUUUCUCCUUUUCUCAGAGGAAUAAAGAAGAAAGUCCAUCCGAAGGUUCCACACCUUCUGGGCAGAACUCGGCUGCCCCGUCUCCACAGGUAGAAACCAAGAUCUUUGACCCCCAACGUAAGCCAAGUCUUCAACAUCAUCAGCAACAGCCUCCUACUGGAAAAAAGGUGCAGAUUCCUGAGAUUGUGGAUAAGACGUUUCCAGCAGAUCUCCGUUUGCCUGCUGUCGUGCCACCGCAGACGCCUGAAGUUCGGGAGCUGGUUCUUCAGAGGCGGAACACUGGGGAUUUUGGGUUCUCCUUGCGGCGCACCACCAUGUUGGACCGUGGCACUGAUGGAGGGGUAUAUCGCCGAGUGGUCCACUUUGCCGAACCAGGUGCUGGUACCAAGGACCUGGCUCUUGGUUUGGUUCCUGGAGACCGGCUGGUGGAGAUCAACGGGAGAAAUGUGGAGAACAAGAACAGGGAUGAGAUCGUGGAGAUGAUUCGGCAAUCAGGUGACACGGUUCGGCUGAAGGUUCAGCCCAUUCUGGAGCUAAGCGAGCUGAGCCGAUGCUGGCUGAGGAACACCGAAGGGCUGCGGCGGGAAGCAUUUGACGAAGCGGAUUCCUUUCCAGGAUGAACAUCUGUCAAGAUGUGUCUAACAGAAUCUUUUCUUCCUCCAGCUUUCCACAAGUGAUGACUUUAAUGACAGGCUUUGAAACAGUUUUGUUUGUGUUUUUCUUUGCAGUUUGUUGUGUAAUAGUUGGACACAGUGCGGCAGUAAAUUCAGAAUUUUCCCCAUGGAAAUUUCACAUGUAACAGCACACAGGUCACAAUUUAGUUUUGGUAUGUAACUAUAAAUUGCACUUGCUGUUGAUGCUGCUCAGGCGCAUUUUCUUGUGUGAGAAGAGUGUGAUGAAUGGGCGGCACAGCUCUUUCGGUAUUCCUUGACAGAGGGAAACCAUUGAAACUUAUCUGUCGUGUUAUGCGCUGCUUCCUUGUUGGAGAACAGAUAAGAACGGCACUUUGGCGUCAAUGUUUUAUUUUCUCUAGGAUGGGUGGAGGUUGUGUCUUUACUAACUAACAUGUGUGCCACUACUUGGCUGGAACCAAUCUGGGCUGCUGUCGUGCAAGUUGCACAUGUUGAUGCUGAGACGACUCACAAAGCUUCCUCCUACAGUAACCGCUGAGGGCAUUAUGUAAGACUCUUUGAUAACUAUACUCAUUGGAUUCCCAGCAUUUAGCAAUGUUGUUUGCUUGCUUGGAAAACAGUACAUUCAAUUAACAUACUCUUUUGCUGAGUAACAUGCAGUUAGGUGACCUCGAUAAUUUGUUAAAAGGUUUGGUUGCUGUCUGUGAAACAUUAGAGCACACAACAUAGAGGUGUGACACACAAAUGAGCUUUGAAUCUGUGAAUCAGAGUGCAUCUGAAUCAUUCAAUGUGUUUGUGUGGGGUAGAAAGGUGUUGGCUGUUUAAUAAUUAUUCCCUUCAGUUUUCUGUUUGCUGACAAUUAUUAAUUUAAAUGGUCCCUUUGCAGCUACUGUAUUUUUCUUCGGGGGGUUCACAGUCCUCUAAGGGUUCAUGAGAACAUUGCUGUUGGUUUACAAGAUUGUGAUAGAAAUGCAAUGACCAGUUAAAUUGGCAAAUAAAUGUAACUAUUAAAUAACAUUUAGCUUAUUGAAUAAUGAUUUAAUAAAAUAACAUGAAAUUAUUAAAUAAAUUUAAAUAAACUAAUUAGUGGUCGACCGAUAUUGCUUUUUGACCGUCAAUGCCGAUAUUUCAGAGAGCGGAAUGGCCAGUCACCAAUAUAAAGCUGAUAUAUUUCUCAGCGCUGUCCAAAUAAAAGUCCCGCCUCAAACACAUCAGUCAAACAGAAAAGCUUAUCGGCCAAAAAAGAAAAGCUUAUUGAAAAAUGCCAAAUAUUGGCCGAUAUAUUAGCCUUCGCAAUAAUCGGUCGACCACUAAAACUAAUUAUUAAAUAAUUAAAUUACUAAAUUCAUAUUUAUUAAAAGGUUUGUGUUUCAAUUUUAGAGGGUACGUAAUGUAAAUAAUCUAGGUGAUUAGACAUUUUGUGAUGUGAAACUCAUUAAACCCGUUUUAGAGUAAACAGAUCUGCUAUUUACACAUGGAACAGCUUUCCUCCUUUUAUCCGUAUUGCUACAAUUCUGUUGUCAACACAAAAUGCUGUUAACACUGUGUGAAGUAAAUUUUGUUUUUGCGUCUGUCCAAUUUGGCGACAUUUCUUUCUACACUGCAAUUUAAUUUACUUGUAUAUUCAGUAUUUAAUAUACAACUAAACUGUGUUGAAUAAUUGCGUCAGCUCCUUAGAAACUCUUUGACAGCAGACUUAUGUCAGAGCGCUUUAACACAUACAUGCUCAAACAGCUAUUCUUACAGCUUACGAAUUACAGUUAAAUUAAGUCGCCUCUAAAUCGAAAACAUCUGUUGCAUUUACAGAAAAAUUUGUAUUUGUCAGUGGUUUGGUUGAGAAAAAUGAUGAAUCCCUGGCUUUGACAGUUACUUUUGUAAAAUGUUGGCCACAUGAUCAUUUGGGUUGAGGAAUAAAGAGUGUUAAAAGGAGUCCUAAGUGUUUUUGUACUUGUUGAAACAGACCCCGGAUUUUUUGUAGUCAGUCAUGGCCAAGAGCAGGUGAAGAGCAGCUGUACGUCUGCAGGCUGAACUGACCUACAGGUGCCUGCCAGCACAAAGGCAGAGCGCAUGGAUGAAUUUAUCAUCAUCAUCAUCGUCAUCAUCAUUACUGCAUUUACAUGAUUGAAAGUUUAGCUGUGUAGCCUACAGUAAGGAUGGACCUGCUUCUCAGGUUCAGCAUUUGUGUCUGUGAUAAAUCUUAACUCAAGCACUAACGUCUGGCUAAUGGUACUAUACUGCUGUAAUGGGCUUAGAAAAAUAAAGUGAUCAUCAGCCCUGCCUGUUUAUGGAACCACAUGUUUGUGAAGGGCUUCCUAAUGGUUUUUCCUGUGGAAUAGUCUUAACUCUCAUUGAUAGGCCAGAUUUGUGGCAGCACUUCCAGGAAACUCAAGAUUUGUUUAGCUUAGUUUUGAGUGAUUCUUGCCCAUUUGGUAACAGACCGUCUCGUAACA